AUGUCCUCAGAAACAAAAAUAACGACGAUCCUCGUGUCAAAUCUACACUGCAGCAGCUGCGUACGCGCAAUACAGCAGGCAUUGUCGACACUCGCUCCCCCACCAUCGGCCGUCAACGUUUCCAUCGUCUCUCAGACUGUCACCGUAGAACACUCCCCAAUGCUCUCGGGCGAUGCUCUCCACUCCAGGCUCGAUGAGGCAGGUUUCGAUACUGUUGACACUGGGAAGGAUCCCACAGAGGAGGGGCCUUCGAUUCGACAGAGGACAUUAUCCGGCGUCAGCACUCUCUUAUCGGGUAAACGGAGGAAGCACCUCCAGCAUUGCACGCUCUGCCAGGAAAUCGCACGCUUGGGUUCUCCAGUGUCUCAGCAAAAUCUCAUCGGAUCCCAGGUCUCGCUGGGUAGAAACGUCGGGGAAGACUCGAAACUCUCCGAAGUUAAUGGACCAUUUCUCCUCACGCUUUCUGUAGGCGGUAUGACGUGCGCGGCCUGCUCCAAUACUGUGACCGAUUUGGUUUCUCAAGUACCUGGAGCAUCCAAUGUGGUCGUCAGCCUUUUGAGCAACUCUGCUACCGUAGAGAUCACACACAAAGACCUGGCUGGCCAGGUGACAGAGACUAUAGAGGAUUGUGGCUUCGAAGCCGAUGUCGUCAAGGUGGAACCCAUAUCUUCAUCAUCGAGCGAGACUUCCACCAUCGGACCGAGACUUAUUUCUCUUCGUGUGGAUGGAAUGUUCUGCGAACAUUGUCCCGCCAAAAUUAUGGCGAGCCUCGAGAAGUUGGCCCCGAGCGUCACCAUCGAGAAGUCUUUGGCAGACCUUAGAGAUCCCAUCCUCUCAGUUUCUUACGAGCCAGCACCACCGGACAUUACAAUCCGCCAUAUCGUAUCCGCUAUCGAGGCUGCGGACCCGCAGAACUUCAAAGUCUCGAUUUACCGCCCACCAUCGUUGGAACAGCGGGCCCGCAUCAUACAGCUCCAAGAGAGAAGGAAUCUGCUCGGCCGCCUCAUCUUCUCCGUCGUAGUCGCCAUACCGACGUUCGUGAUCGGCGUUGUCUAUAUGAGCCUCCUGCCAAACGGAAAUACCGGAAAACAGUUUCUCAUGGAGCCUAUGUGGAAUGGAAACGCUUCCCGGAUCCAAUGGGCGUUAUUUUUCUGUGCGACGCCUGUCAUGUUUUAUGGUGCAGGGCUGUUUCAUCGUAGGAGCAUUAAGGAGAUACGCGCUUUGUGGCGAAGGGGAAGCACCACGCCGAUCCUUUCGCGUUUCACCAAGUUUGGCAGCAUGAAUCUUCUGGUGUCAUCAGGUGUAUCGGUUGCUUACUUCUCGUCCAUUGCGCUGUUGGCUCUGUCGGCGUCCCUGCCGCCUUCAGAAAGUGGUAUGGGGGAUACGACAACCUACUUUGACUCUGUUGUCUUCCUUACCAUGUUUCUUCUGUGUGGCCGCUACCUUGAGGCGUACAGCAAGGCCAGAACAGCCGAUGCCAUCACCGCUCUUGGUUCUCUUCGUCCCUCAGACGCCUUCCUCAUCGCACCUCGGUCAUCGUCUGAACCUUCGCUCGCCAUAGCUCCGUUAGGAGACCCCGAAAAGGGUGAUCCUGAAAAGGACAAUGGAAAUAUGAUGGCGCAGCCUGGCUUCUCGGUACAAAGAGUCAACGUCGAUUUCCUGGAAGUUGGAGACAUUGUCCGAGUGCAGCAUGGAUCCACCCCUCCAGCUGACGGUUCGAUCGUUGCUGGCACGGAUUGCGCCUUCGACGAGAGCUCUUUGACCGGUGAGGCUCGACUUAUCAAGAAGCAGAUUGGCGACCGAGUCUUCCUCGGGACGAUCAAUCAGUCGAAGCCUGUCGACAUCAAAGUCGAUGCCAUCGGUGGUGUUACAAUGCUUGAUCACAUUGUCGAUAUCGUUCGAGAGGGACAGACUCGUCGAGCACCGAUCGAGAGGAUCGCAGACAUAAUUACCGGCUCGUUCGUGCCUGUCGUUACACUCCUUGCUAUAAUCACCUGGGUCGUCUGGCUCGGCCUGGGCUUCGGAGGCGGAAUCCCGCGAAGCUACCUCGAUACUAACGUGGGCGGCUGGACCGUCUGGUCGCUCGAAUUCGCCAUCGCCGUCUUCGUCGUUGCGUGCCCGUGCGGUAUUGGCCUCGCGGCUCCGACCGCGCUUCUCGUCGGCUCCGGGCUCGCUGCGAAAUACGGCAUUCUCGCACGUGGCGGCGGCGAAGCAUUUCAGGAGAUGGCCCAGCUCGACAUCGUCGUGUUCGACAAGACGGGCACUCUUACUGAGGGCGGCCAGCCACAAGUCGUCGACUCUUUGGUCCUCGAGCCCGCCUCGCAGCGUUGGAGUCGCGAAGUCGUUCUAGGAAUCGCGUCGGAGCUCGAGUCUGCGUCUUCCCACCCUCUCGGCAUCGCCAUCCGGUCGUUUGCGCAGGCGAAUGCCGCGAAGGAGGUCACUGGUGUCGACUUUGACGAGGCCGCAGGCAGAGGCGUCAAGGGCCGCUUUGAGCAGCUCGACUGUGUUGCCAUUAUCGGGAAUGAGGCGUGGAUGCAAGAGCAUGGUGCUUCCCUCGACCCCAACGUCGCACGCCAGCUCGACCAAUGGAAAUCCGAAGCUAAAAGUGUCAUCCUUCUUGGUGCCACGCGCCCGGGAGGCGAAACAUAUGAUAUCAUCGCCGUGUUCUCGGUGUCAGACCCUCUCCGCCCGGAGGCAAAAGGCGUCAUCAGCCGUCUCGGCGACCUCAACAUCGGUACAUGGAUGAUCUCGGGGGACAACGAAGUCACGGCCAAGGCUGUCGCGCGGUCUGUUGGUAUUGCAGAGUGCAAUGUGAUUGCAGGUGUUCUUCCCCACCAAAAAGCCGAGAAGAUCGAGUGGCUGCAGAAGAAUGGUGCUAAGCGCCCGCCUACUCGGCUUCAGCGCUUACUUCACAGGGGCCCGAUGAAUGAACGUUGCGUUGUCGCGAUGACGGGUGACGGAAUCAACGAUGCACCUGCUCUUGCAGCAGCCGAUGUCGGCAUUGCUAUUGGCUCAGGAAGCGACGUGGCCCUCUCGAGCGCCUCGUUCAUCCUAGUCUCGUCCAAUCUCACAAGUCUUCUUACUUUGUCCGAUCUCUCGCGCACUGUGUUCAACCGCGUUAAACUCAACUUCAUGUGGGCUUUCAUGUAUAAUAUUAUUGCGGUACCCAUCGCUGCUGGUGUCAUUUAUCCGGCUCACAACGCCCGCCUCCCACCUGUGUGGGCUUCAUUGGCAAUGGCUCUUUCGUCUGUGUCAGUUAUCUGUAGUUCGUUGCUACUCAAGCUUUAUAAGGAGCCAAAAAUCGACAUUAACUCCAACUAG